AGAAGUCGUCGAGAGCUGAAGUCAAAAUGUUAUUUUUCAUAUAUGUGCUGAUCGCUGUAUCAGCAUUAGUUGCAUAUUUCUUGCAUUACAAUAUGAACUAUUGGAAAAACAGAGGAAUACCUCAGGAACCUCCGCAUCCAGUGUACGGAAACAUGAUCGGAUUCAGGAGGACCCGUAUAAUCCAUGAAAUAAUGGGCGAUUACUACAUGAAAUUCCGGAAAAGUGGUCAUCCCUUUGUCGGUUUUAGUUUCCUGCAAAGACGAAGCGCUUUCAUCAUGGACAUUAAACUGGCAAAGAACGUUUUGAUUAAAGACUUUACGAACUUCGCCGAUCGUGGACAAUUCCAUAACGAACGCGACGAUCCCCUCACUGGACACCUUUUUAAUUUGGAUGGCAAGCGAUGGAAAAUAAUGCGCCAGAAACUAUCACCCACUUUCACAUCCGGCAAGAUGAAGUUUAUGUUCCCCACAGUCAUCAAAGUGUCCGAGGAAUUCGUAGAUGUAAUGAUGGAGAAUGUCCCAGCUAAGACUGGAGGAGCCAUCAUUGAAAUCAAGGAUCUGAUGGCACGCUUCACAACCGAUGUCAUUGGCACUUGUGCUUUCGGCAUCGAGUGCAAUACCCUUCGUACACCAGUAACUGAUUUCCGUACUAUGGGCCAGAAAUCUUUCACCGAAAUGCGACAUGGAGUUCUGCUAACGGCAUUUGAGUUUAGUUUUCCGAGUCUGGCAAGAAAACUGCGUAUGCGCAUGAUUCCAGAAGACGUCCAUCAGUUCUUUAUGGGACUUGUUAAAGCAACCCUUGCUUUUAGAGAGAGGGAAAAUAUCAAACGUAACGACUUUAUGCAGAUGCUCAUCGAGUUGAAGCAGAAGGGAAGUUUUACUAUGGAUAAUGGUGAGGUGGUCUCGGGAUUGGAUGUUGGAGAACUCGCAGCACAGGUGUUUGUCUUCUACCUGGCUGGCUUUGAGACUUCUUCUUCUACCAUGACAUACGCUCUCUAUGAACUGGCCCAACAUACCGAUAUUCAGGAUAGACUUCGGGAAGAUAUUCAGGAUGUUCUGCAGCAACACGAUGGAAAACUGACCUAUGAAUGCGUUAAGGCCAUGCGAUACUUGGAUCAGGUCAUUUCUGAAACCCUCCGACUGUACACUCUGGUGCCUUUCCUCGAGCGAAGAGCUCUUAAUGAUUAUGUUGUACCUGGCCAUCCCAAAUAUGUCAUAGAGAGGGGAACACAAAUCAUUCUUCCUGCUGCUGCCUACCAUCGGGAUGAAGACCUUUAUCCCGAACCAGAGAAAUUCGAUCCAGAGCGAUUCUCGCCCGAGCAAGUGGCAGCUCGUGAUUCAGUUGAGUGGCUGCCCUUUGGGGAUGGACCCAGAAAUUGUGUGGGAAUGCGCUUCGGCCAAAUGCAAACACGAAUUGGUCUGGCCCAGCUGAUAAGGAACUUCAAGUUCACAGUGUGCGAUAAGACUGAUAUACCCCUUACUUAUGAUCCGAAAUCGUUUGUAUUGGGCACAGUUGGCGGUAUUCACUUGCGAGUUGAGCGUGUUUAGGUGGAAAUAUGUAAAUGUGUUCUGGACCGUAUUAUUAGAUGACAAAAUAGUUGGCGAUGCGGUCAUACAUGUUUGUAUAAACACGCAUGAUACCUAAUGGCAUGUGGCAUCUGUAUUUAUGUAAAUGAGUGUGUGUGUGUUUUUUUUUUCGAAUAUAACACAUAAUUAAAUG